GUGACUCCCAUGAACAAAUGAGUGUCUAAGCAUGACAUAACAAACAACAAGCUUAACAUAUGUCGUGUGGCUGAGACUCAGAUACUAAAAUCAAAACGCUUCAAAGAGAUUGGCACCGCCGCACAACUACAAGUGCAUGAUUUGGUGCACAGAUUCUGAGGAAGGUUGAUUGUAGAUCAUGAAAUUAUUAGCACAGUGAUCAUUGAUCGAAUGCUCACCCCGAAGUGAAAAUAGAAGUAGAACACGAAGAAACGUUGUUGGAAUCAACCGUAAGGGACUAUGGAGUUGUCUUGGCAACUAAACUGCAAAGCGGUGUUCCCCGACAGAGGUGGCUUUUUGAAGUUCAAGUCGUUUUCUGGCUUCUACCCUAGACAUUCAGUAACGGUUUAUUCACCGUGCAAAGCAGGUUUUGAUGCUUAUUGCGUUCGUGCCAGUGCAGAUUUUUCUCGGAGGAAACAACAGAAGAAGGUGCCAAUUCCAAGGCCCAAGGGCCCUGCUUCAAAGGGCUUUGUUGGAACAAGCAACCAGAACAGGGGUAAGAAGAAUACAAGAGUCAAGAAGGGAGAUUCAUUAACUCCAGUAGUUAGUGAGGUUUCAGGGGGUGAUAAUAAACAAACAGUUGAUGUGAAUAUUGAUGCUGAUACAGAAGGGGCAGCUGAAUUUUCCCUGGAGGAGAAAUUUGAGGUUGUAGAUAGAACUGAUGAAAUUGAUGGGGAUGUGGGUGAAUUAGCAUUGGCAGAUGACUCAGUGGGUGUUCUUAGGAGCAACCAAGAUGGAGAAAUUGGAAACAUUUCUAUAAUUGAUGAGGAUGUUGAGGUUCUCAAGUUACAGGAGGAGGAAAUUCCUUACAAUGGGGAUGUUGGGAUUGUUAUAGAUUCUGAAGAAGGGUCAUUAGAGCAUGCGGAAAUUGAUGAAAAUGUUAAAAAAACAAGUAUUGACACUGAUGAUGAAAUAACCAAGGAAGGUGUCAAGGAAACAAGCACUGCUGAUGAUGAUAGAAUAAAUGAGGAAGCUUCUCGGCUGUUGAAGUUAGAGUUGGAAGCAAAUCAGCGCAAGCAUGAAAUAGAGAGGAUUGCAGAGGAAAAAUUUUCACAGGGGACCAAGCUGUUUGUAUAUCCUACUGUGGUUAAACCUGAUCAAGAUAUAGAACUUUUCCUUAACAGAAACCUUUCAACACUAAGUGAGGAACCAGAUGUUCUGAUCAUGGGGGCAUUCAAUGAUUGGAAGUGGAAAUCUUUUACCAUUAGGUUGAGUAAAACAAAUUUCAAAGGUGAUUGGUGGUCUUGCCACUUACAUGUGCCAAAAGAAGCCUACAAAGUAGACUUUGUGUUCUUCAAUGGACAAAAUGUCUAUGACAAUAAUGACCGAAAAGACUUCUGCAUACCUAUUGAAGGUGGAAUAAUGGAUGCAUUAGCAUUUGAAGAUUUCUUGCUUGAGGAGAAACGUAAAGAAUUAGAAAAACUUGCUAUGGAGCAGGCAGAAAGGGAAAGACAAGCUGAAGAGCAAAGGCGAAUGGAAGCAGACAGAGUUGCAAAGGAAGCUGACAGGUCACAAGCGAGGGUGGAGGUUGACAGAAUGCAAGCAACAUUGUCGCAAAUGAUGAAAAAAGCUGCAAAAUCCAUUGAUAAUGUUUGGUAUAUUGAACCAAGUGAAUUUAAAGGCAAGGACUUGGUCAGAUUAUAUUAUAACAAAAAUUCAGGUCCUCUUGCACAUGCUAAUGAAAUAUGGAUUCAUGGUGGGCACAAUAAUUGGAGGGAUGGAUUAUCAAUUGUUGAAAGGCUUGUCAAAUCUGUUUUAAAAGGAGGUGAUUGGUGGUACGCUGAUGUUGUUGUACCUGACCAAGCUCUUGUCCUGGAUUGGGUCUUUGCCAAUGGUCCACCCCGAAAUGCAGUAGUGUAUGAUAACAAUCAUAAGCAAGAUUUCCAUACUAUUGUCCCUAUGGCUACACCUGAUGAACAUUUUUGGCUUGAGGAAGAGCAGUCAAUAUACAGAAAACUUCAGGAGGAGAGGAAGUUAAGGGAGGAAGCAAUACGUGCAAAGGCUGAAAAAACAUCACAAAUGAAAGCUGAAACAAAAGAAAGAACUUUGAAAAGAUUUUUGCUUUCUCAAAAGCAUAUCGUCUUCACUGACCCUCUUGAUGUUCAGGCUGGGAGCACAGUGACCGUAUUUUAUAACUCCUCUAACACAAAUCUGAAUGGAAAACCUGAGAUUUGGUUUAGAUGUUCAUUCAAUCGCUGGUCUCACCGUAAUGGUCCAUUGCCACCUCAGAGAAUGUUGCCUGCAGAGAAUGGCACUCACGUCAAAGCCUCUGUUAAGGUUCCUCUGGAUGCAUACAUGAUGGACUUUGUAUUUUCUGAGAGUGAAAAUGGUGGAGCUUUUGAUAACAAAUUUGGGAUGGAUUAUCACAUACCUGUUUUUGGAGGUAUUGUGAAGGAACCACCUUUGCAUAUCAUCCAUAUUGCUGUUGAGAUGGCCCCAAUUGCAAAGGUUGGAGGCCUUGGUGAUGUUGUUACUAGUCUAUCUCGGGCUGUUCAGGAUUUAAAUCACAAUGUGGACAUCAUUCUUCCAAAGUAUGACUGUUUGAACCUUAGCAAUGUAAAGGACUUUCGAUGCCACAAAAACUAUGUCUGGGGUGGGACUGAAAUAAAAGUAUGGCAUGGAAAGGUUGAAGGCCUCUCUGUCUACUUUUUGGAGCCUCAGAAUGGAUUUUUUCAGGUUGGUUGUGUAUAUGGUCGUGGGAAUGAUGCAGAGAGAUUUGCUUUUUUUUGUCAUGCUGCUCUUGAAUUUCUACUCCAAAAUGGAUUUCAUCCUGAUAUCAUCCACUGCCAUGAUUGGUCGAGUGCUCCAGUUGCAUGGAUAUUUAAGGACAACUAUACACAUUACGGGCUUAGUAAAGCGCGAGUAGUCUUCACAAUUCAUAACCUUGAAUUUGGAGCCCACUUCAUUGGAAAAGCUAUGGCAUGUGCAGACAAGGCUACUACUGUCUCCCCCACAUAUUCAAGAGAGGUUGCUGGGAAUCCUGCAGUUGCUCCUCAUCUUCACAAGUUCCAUGGUAUAAUAAAUGGAAUUGACCCAGAUAUAUGGGACCCGUAUAAUGAUAACUUUAUUCCUGUAUCAUACACCUCAGAAAAUGUUGUUGAAGGAAAAAGAGCUGCCAAGGAAGCCUUGCAACAAAGGCUUGGUUUAAAAAAAGCCGAUCUUCCUUUAGUGGGAAUAAUUACUCGACUGACUCAUCAGAAAGGAAUCCAUCUCAUCAAACAUGCCAUGUGGCGCACCCUAGAACGUGGUGGACAGGUUGUAUUACUUGGUUCAGCUCCAGAUCCUCGUAUCCAAAAUGAUUUUGUGAAUUUGGCCAAUCAUUUACAUUCCUCCCAUAAUGAUCGUGCUAGACUUUGCCUUGCAUAUGAUGAGCCUCUUUCACAUUUGAUAUAUGCUGGUGCUGAUUUCAUUCUAGUUCCUUCAAUCUUUGAGCCAUGUGGACUCACUCAACUCACAGCAAUGAGAUAUGGUUCAAUACCUGUUGUUCGAAAAACUGGAGGACUGUAUGAUACAGUAUUUGACGUUGAUCAUGAUAAGGAUAGAGCACAAGCACAAGGUCUUGAGACAAAUGGAUUUAGUUUUGAUGGAGCUGAUGCUGGAGGUGUUGAUUAUGCUCUCAAUAGAGCAAUAUCAGCAUGGUACGAUGGCCGUGAUUGGUUCAACACGUUAUGCAAGAGAGUGAUGGAGCAAGACUGGUCUUGGAACCGGCCUGCUCUUGACUAUUUGGAGCUUUACCAUGCAGCACGCAAGGCAGCAUGAGGUUUAAAUGGACAGGAAGUGCGAUACAAAUUAAGAUUCACCCCUUUGUACAGCUUUAGUGGUAAGCUUUAAAGAGUAAAUAGUUGCAUAUAGCGAAUCAUAGUGAAAAAAGUUACUGCAAGGUGACAUUAGUUUAAUGUAGAGGCAAGACUCAAAUGUUUCAAUUUCAUUAUUUUGUUGACAGACAAUAAUGUAAAUAAAUUUUACAUGGCCACAUUGUAGUGUAGAUCGAGCAAGUUCCUUUUCGUGCACUGUAGAAUUGAAAUUCAAGAAUUGAAUAAGAGUCAAAUCUUUUUAUUGUCUUUUGGUAAUGACCAACACCUAUUUCUU